AUGAUGCUGGUUCAUUUUUUGUUGAUUCCUUUUCUUUCUUCACUCGGUUCCGCUUUCACGCACCCUGGUCUCUUAGUGUCUUCUUCUGAUAUUGACCGUAUUCAGACAAAGCUUGCUGCCAAAAAAGAGCCUUGGACUGCGUCUUGGGAGAAGUUGACUAGCAUUCCAUUCUCCAGCGUCGAUUACAAGAACAACGCAGUCAAUGACGUAAAUCGCGGCCAGAAUGGAGAGGCUUUGUGGCACGACGCUGCAGCUGCGUUCAAUCUUGCCUUGCGCUGGAAGGUAUCUGGAGAGGAGCAGUUUGCGGAAGCUGCAUCGAACAUUCUCGUCGCUUGGGCAGACAAGUUGAAGGUCCUCAGCGGUGGUGACGAUGCCUAUCUCACUGCAGGUCUACAAGGCUACGAGCUUGCCAACGCCGUCGAACUGCUCCAUGACUACAAAUCUUUUGUCGAGAAGGGUCGGCCAAAGGUACUUAGGCUACUGAACGAAUUGUUUCUACCAAUGAAUCUCGAUUUCCUCAACCAAAGGCUUGGAUCACAACACAAUGUGAAACAUUUCUUCGCGAAUUGGGAACAGUGCAAUAUUGCUUCCGCUCUUGCUAUUGCAGUGGUUAGCGAAAACCAGACGGCAUGGGACUUCACCAUCGACUACUUCAAGAACGGCGUCGGGAACGGGGCCAUCAACAACGCCAUUUCGAAUAUCGUCGAGGAGCCGGGUACUGGCAAGCCGCUUGGCCAAGGGCAAGAAUCUGGACGGGAUCAAGGCCAUUCGGGGAUGAACUUUCAGCUUUUGGGAGCUAUUGGACAGCAGGCAUGGAAUCAAGGCGAAGACCUAUUCGCUUACAACAACAGCCGAAUUCUUCUCGGUGCUGAGUACUUUGCCCGCUACAACCUGGGAAAUGAUGUCCCGUUCGAGCCAUACACCAAUGGAAUUGUUUCCUUCGAUGUCAUCAGCGAAGCCUCUCGUGGCGCUGUCAGGCCAGCAUGGGAAUUGCUUUACAGUCACUAUGUUCAGAUCAAAGGCCUCGACGCCCCUUGGACCACCGCUUACCUGAACAACUCCUUGGGUUACUUUGGUGGCUUCGAGGGAGGAGCUGGUUCCUGGGGAGAAGGUUCAGGCCAUUACGACGGACUCGGUUGGGGCUCUCUUCUCUAUCACUUGGACGAAUCCGAUGUCCGGGCUAUCAAGUCAUCUGCCACCACAUCAAUUCCUUCGACCAAGACCCCUAAUCAAGUUGCACAAGAGACUCACAACCCAGCAUCUCCUACCACUGCCAGUGUUGUGUCCAAGCCUACCACCCUGACAGAAGCUUCUCCUUCAACUUCUACAUCACCUUCAUCAACCCAUACGAUUGUGGCAGAGCGUCCGCAUGUUUCACAACCCAAGGCCAAAGGAUCCCAUCACAAGGCUCAUAAGCCUAAAACAGGGUGCCGUGCUGUUAAGUAG